AUGGAGCACGUUCCAGGUACCACUGGUCUUCCUCUGUUCUCAUACCCGACUCAACCCGCGCUUCCUCAGCCAGCAGGACAGUAUUUCGUUGAGGGGAAUAUCCAGAGCCCUUGGUCCUCAUCACCAGAAUAUGUCCAUUGCCCCCCAUUGGCGAGCGUGGAACAUGACGAGGAUGCCACUGAUGACAAACCCUAUGCUCGACUCAUUUAUGAAGCUUUGAUGCAGGCACCAGGACAUAGGAUGAUGCUCAGGGAGAUUUACGAAUGGUUUCGCCAUAAUACUACAAAACCGCAGGAAUCCGGAUCAAACGGCUGGCAGAACAGCAUUCGGCACAAUCUUUCGAUGAACAAGGCAUUCGAAAAUGACAGAGACAGUGCACGGGGUAGCUCUCGAAAGGCCACCAGCGUGUGGAUCUUGACCAAAGAUGCGAUCGACAAUGGCGUUCAGUCCACCACGAGAUACCGCAAGACGGGAGCAGGGAAGAGGCCGUUGGGAGGUCGGAUGCCCGCCAUUCAACGCCAGAGAGCCGGGGCACGAGGUGGCCGGGCAGCACGAAAUUCGGCCAAAAGGAGACACCAGGACCUCUCUGCGUUGACUGACCCCGCGUCCACGGCGAGUCCGUCGACCACAUCGUACUCGGACUAUGGCGACUACCCAAGCUUUGACUGCCACGACUUACAACCGGCCCUAAGAAGUUGGCCAAUGACGCCUGUGGAAGACAACCUUGCAGUAGACGAGAACAACUUGUUCAACUCGCUAUCCCCGCUGAGCAAGUUCGACCUGAAGUCGCAGAACGUCGCUUACGGGGAGGAGAACAUGCAUGUGCAAAAUGCACUGCUGCAAUCGAGGCGAGAUCAACACGUCGACGACUUCAGACUUUCAUGCUGA